AUGGCGACAGAUAUCCUCCUCGAGACGUCUAUGGGUUCGAUUGUCGUAGAGCUGUACAACGACCACGCCCCCAAAACAUGUAGAAAUUUCUUUACCCUCGCUCAACGCGGCUACUACAAUGGCACGAUCUUCCACCGUAUCAUUCCUGACUUCAUGAUCCAAGGCGGCGAUCCUACAGGAACGGGCAGGGGCGGUUCGUCAAUAUAUGGAGAAAAGUUCGAGGAUGAAAUCAAGCCGACGCUGAAACAUACUGGCGCAGGCAUUCUGAGUAUGGCAAACAGUGGACCGAAUACGAAUGGUAGCCAGUUCUUCAUCACACUUGCGCCCACACCGUGGCUGGACGGAAAGCAUACAAUCUUCGGGAGGGUCAAGAGUGGGAUGAAACUCGUGCAGAGGAUGGGCUUAAUCAAGACGGAUGCCGAGGAUAGACCACUGGACGAGGUAAAGAUUGUGAAGGCGAGUGUGGUCGAAAAGGAGGCCGAUUGA